AUCCUGAUUGGCGCGCUGUUGUCGACGUUCGGCGCCGCGCUUCAGUCACUGAUUGGUGCGCCGCGUCUUCUGCAGGCCAUCGCGAAGGACUCCAUAAUUCCCUUCUUAGAGCCCAUCGAUUACGUCAACAAACGCGGAGAACCCGUCAAAGCGAUCGUCGUGUCUCUCAUCAUCGCCGAGUGCGCCAUCUUGAUCGGGAACCUGGACUUCAUCGCUCCCAUCCUCACCAUGUUCUUCCUCAUGUGCUACAUGUUCCUCAACCUCGCGUGUACUGUGCAGUCGCUGUUGCGGUCACCGUCGUGGCGCCCGCGCUUCCGCUACUUCCAUUGGUCCAUUUCGCUCGUCGGCAUCUUCCUCUGUCUCCUCGUCAUGUUGCUCUCCUCCUGGGUCUACACCCUCUGCGCGAUGGCUCUCGCGGCCUUCAUCUACAAGUACAUCGAGUACAGGGGCGCCGAGAAGGAGUGGGGCGACGGCAUCCGCGGACUCGCCCUCUCGGCCGCCCGCUUCUCCCUCCUGCGGCUCGAGGAGGGCCCCCCGCACACCAAGAACUGGAGACCGCAACUCCUUUGUCUCGUGAAACUGAACGCCGAAACUCUGGACGUAAAGGCGCCGAAACUGUUGACAAUUGCGUCGCAACUGAAAGCCGGAAAGGGAUUAACGCUUGUGUCGAGUGUUUUGGAGGGACAGUUCGAAACGGACGCCGGUUUGGCGCAAACGGCGCGCCAAUCCCUGCGCCACCACAUGGACAGAGAGCGCGUGAAGGGCUUCGCGGAAGUCGUGGUCUCGCGUGACGUGACGUCCGGUCUCUCGCAUUGCGUGCAAACGGCGGGUUUGGGCGGUUUGAAACACAACACUGUGAUGAUCGCGUGGCCGCACAAGUGGCGCCACUCGACGUCACGUGACAAACACAACCGCUUCCUCUCAUUGGUGCGUUCGGUGACGGCCGCGAACGCCGCGCUCGUCGUCGCCAAAGGGCUCCAACAGUGGCCCGAAAACAACGACCGUUUGGGCGGAAAUAUCGACAUUUGGUGGAUCGUCCACGACGGCGGACUGCUCAUCCUCCUGGCCUACGUGUUGUCGCAACACCGCACGUGGCGUUCCUGCGCGCUCCGUGUCUUCACGGUCGCGCAAUUGGAGGACAAUUCGGUGCAAAUGAAGAAAGAUUUGGAGAAAUUCUUGUAUCACUUGCGCAUCGAAGCCGUCGUCGAAGUCAUCGAAAUGUCGGACUCGGACGUGUCGGCCUACACCUACGAGCGCACCAUUUUGAUGGAACAAAGGACGCAAGUCUUGCAAACGAUCGCCGGAAACGAAUUGCAAACCAUUUCCGCCGCAAACGAUCUCAAACCCGAC